CUUCCCGCGAUUCUUUUGACGACGCGCUUCUGCACCACCUAGCCCCUGUAUCAGCAAUCCAGACUAACGGACCAGAGCUGCAAUGUGUAUAUCGCAGACCUGACCUCUCGAAAUGCGAACAUGACAGCCCAAUUGCUGGCGUCGGAGCUUGCCAACCUCAUACAAGAGAGCAAACGAAAGCACAACGAUUUGCGCCAGGCUGCCGAGAAGUCUCUCGAGGAGCUCAAGAGCCUGAGGGCGCCAUCCGAAGCCCAGAUUUCUGCUGAACUUGCCAAACACGUUCACUUCGUGAACCCCUUUAUCAUCGCCUGUGGCACCAAAAACGCCAAAUUUACCGGUAUUGCCAUUGUCUGCCUUCAGCGGCUUAUCGUGUCUCGGGCCCUUCCUCGGUCAAGACUCAGCCAGGUUCUCGAAGCGCUGCAGCAAGCCACCUCAGCCGGGCUCGAUGUUCAGCUCAAGAUUCUCCAGGCACUGCCGUCGUUGCUCUCGAAUUACGCGACCGACGUAAAGGGCGAGCUCUUGGUUACUGCCCUCAACAUCUGCUUCAUCUUACAGUCGAGCAAGAAUGCCAUCGUCAACAACACCUCGGCUGCCACCCUGCAGCAGCUCGUCGUGUCCGUCUUUGACAAGGUUGUUGCAGAGGACAAAUCUGGCAUCGACUUUCCUCCCAUCGGAGAAGCUCCUGUUCAGGAUGGAACGACGGUCCCCCUGAGGGCCUCGGCCAUGGAUGCCUAUAGGGUGUUCAACGACAUAUGUCUCCUGACAGAGAAUCAGCGGCCCGAAUACCUCAGGGUGUCUGGCUUGCCUCAGACGUUUGGUCUCGAGCUGAUAGAGUCCGUUUUGACCAAUCACGCUGCCAUAUUCUCUGCCCACCCUGAGCAGGCCGACAUUCUGCGUACUAGAGUGAUGCCUUUUAUAAUUGGUGCUCUUCGUGGCCGGCCAAACUUUGCAACCAGCGUACGCCUCGUGCGUAUUCUAUACACACUGCUUCGACGUCACCUGUCUAUCCUGCCCUUGGAGAGCGGUGCAGCACUUGACAUCCUCACCCAGCUUUUGGACCAAGACACCGCCUUGUGGAAGCGGUCACUUUGCAUGGAAGUGUUUAGGGGGAUUUUUGCAGAACAUGCUCUUCUGCGGCGCAUAUUCAUGCUUUUUGACGCCCAAGAAGGCCAAAAGAAGGUUCUUCAAAAUCUCACGGCAACAUUCGUUCGUGUCAGCACCGAGAAGCCUGCCGUGAUUGGGCUAGGCCACCAAUCAACCAUACCCGUGGCAAAUCCAUACGGGGGCAUUGGAUCGUCAGCGGACCAGGCAAUGCUGGAAGCCAGCGGCGUCACCGGGAUCAUCUCGGGCUCGGUCGGCUCCGAUGGGCACAACACCGGAAUCAGUACACAGUGGAGCACCAUGCGUGUUCCUUGCAUUGACCAGUUGGACAAAACAGAUCCUCCAAACAUCCCCGAGUCCUAUGUUUACAGUCUCACCCUGGCCUGCAUCACAUCUCUCUCUGAAGGUCUGGCCAAGUUCAUCCUUCCUUUGACGGUUCCUAAUGAAGGACGACGAAAACGCAGUGCGAAGCAAGAAGCCGGCCGCGACUCGCCUGCUCCUUCAAACGAUGAACGAACUGAUCCUCCCACCGACAAACCUCCACUAGAACGGGAGAGAUCUGCCUCAUUUAAGCGGAAUCCUGUUUUGGUCAAUCCAUUAAUGCUCGAAAGCCACCCGCUACAUGCAGAGAUCAAAGUUUGCGCAGCCUUCAUCGAAGAAUGCUGGCCUGCCAUUCUCGCGACAUGUUCAACAUUUCUUUACGCUGCCAUGGACUCAGAGUAUUAUCAUGGCCUUGUGCGAGCAUUUCAAAAGUUUGCUCAUGUUGCUGGUUUGCUGCAACUAGCUACGCCGCGCGAUGCUUUCCUUACUACUCUGGGGAAGGCGGCCGUGCCCCCGAAUGUUUUCACUGCAUGCCUGAAUGCUGGUAUGCCAAGGACUCCAACCGCACAAUCUGAGGUGACCAACAGCAUAUUCAGCAAUGCUCGAGGCCUCCUUAGCGUGGACAGUUUGGUCAGCCAACCAUCUCAGUCGGCCGAGAAGCAGAGACAGCAUUCCGUAGAUGUUAGCCUCGCGGCUCUCAACACCCGGAACCUAUUGUGCCUGAGAGCACUCCUGAAUUUGGGCAUUGCCCUCGGCCCGACCCUUUCGUCGUCGUGGAGCAUCGUUUUAGAAACUCUUCAGCAAGCCGACUUUGUCUUGUUCUCUUCCGGCAAAGCCGCUGGCCGAACGCCCAUUGCUGGAAAGGGGCCAGAUCAGCAAGCUGAGCAGGAAGCCAGUAUUCUUCUAUCAAACUUCAACACUGAGAUCAAGGCCGUUGAGACGGCUGCUUCCAGAUUGUUCGAGAGCACUGUUGACUUUCCGAAUACAGCUUUUGCUGAAGUCGUGAACGCAGUCUGCAAUUUGCUAAAGAAGCGGACCGAACCCGUAUCGGAGCCCAACAGCAGACCCCAGUCACCACCCUCUGCAGGCCUGCUUAGAACACCGACAGUUCCUCAUAAAAGAGUGCUGAGCACGUCGGCGGCACUCACCGGGCCAAAUCAAGAAGAUCAAUUUGCGUUAGCAAAGCUUGGUGACCUUGCUUCUAUUAACAUGGAGCGGUUGCUCUCUUAUCCACCAUCCACUUCCGGAUGGGCUCCUUUAACGUCUGAACUGAUCAAUACGCUGAGUUCUGCCCUGAGUACUGCGCCCGUGAGGAUACGCGCAGUCGAGACACUUGUUCGCAUCCUGCUGGAAGCGGCGAGCACGGUCGCGUCUCAGCCGUCUAAUUCUCGAGCCCAAAUCCAAACUCGUCUACUCGAGGCUUUCCGUGACUCACUUGUGCCACUGCAAAUGCCCGAUCGCGAGGUGUCUGUCAACGCCCACGCGACCGAUGUAGAUAUUCACAAGGUCGUCCUCGAGGGCCUCAGGAGCCUCCUAGAGAAUUGCGGCGAGACCCUUGUCUGUGGUUGGGAGAUGACGUUCGAGAUAAUCGACACCAUCUUUAUCAACAGAACCUUCAGCCAGGAGACAAGCAAAGAUGGCCCUGCUCAGCGAGCCUUGCUCAUGACGCGAUCCGUUCGGCUGAUACGGCCGUCUUUUGCCUCUCUGCAGCUUAUUUGUUCCGACUUCCUCCCUUCUUUGCCAAAUUCCUGCUUCCUCAACCUCGUCGAUACUCUGUACAAAUUUUGCACACAAGACGACGACCUCAACAUCGCAUUAACUACUGUUACAUUCUUCUGGGCAAUUUCGGACUUCCUCUCAGGAAAGAGGAAGUCCAUGUCAAUUACGGAAGAAAUGAUGCGGGACUCUGGGGACGAAGCACUGAUGAAACUGGCGGCAGAGCCUUCUCAUCAGGGCUCUGGUGCGGCUUUGUGGAUGCUUCUAUUGCUCAGGCUAACAUCGGUUUCGACUGACCAGAGAUUGGAAUUGAGAAACAGUGCCAUCCAAACCCUCAUGCGGAUCAUCUCGGCUUAUGGCGACAGCCUUAGCCCCGAAGCUUGGUCCAUCUGCAUGAGGUCGGUCGUCUUUAAGCUGUUGUCAUCCAUAGAAGAUGAGUUGAAGGCCGUCAAAGAGUCCACAAAAAAGGACAAAGAACCGAGCGACUGGAACGAAACAGCCAUUGUGGUUAUCUACGGAGUUUCUGGGCUUUUUGCUUCGUAUCUCCAUGUGCUGACGACUCAUCGCGGUUUCGGCGACAUAUGGAGAGACCUCCUCGGCCAUUUUAGAACGCUGCUGGACGUCCAGGUACUCGACAUCAACGCCGCCACGUAUACCGCUGUUCGAGAUAUACUUCGUAGAUGCGCAGAGAGUGACAAGCCAAACGUUGGCAAGGCUAGCAUCGAUCUCGCUUGGGAUCUGUGGUCUCGGGGAGUUCCGGUUCCGAAAGACGGAAAAGACGACAAGUCUACCGACAACCAGAAAUGUCUUUUGGUCUGGGUCGAAACACUAUUGGAGCUUUAUGGGCUGAUCCAAAAAGAUUUCAGUGUUGAGCGGGUGCGCCGCAUGCUGACCCUCCUGCGUGACGCGAUGCAGCAUGCAACGCCUGGCGCAUAUGCUAGCGACAUUGAGUACGUCACACCACUACAAGGACGAAUUCUCGAAGUAUUUCGCAUGGUCCGAACGGAUUUGCAAGGGGUACCUUCUGCAAUGGUUACUCAGGUCGCCGAGUUUGUUUCCUUGGCCUUUGCCCAGGAAACAUCAGCAAAGGCAGCAUCCGAGAAGCGCACAUACGUGGCCAUGUCGAAGGAAAGCAUGUCAAUCCUCCAAUCAUUGAUCAUCUUGAAUGCCGCCGAAGCGGACAUUUAUGAGACGGGCGCCUUUGCUACAGCUCUGGCAGCUCUUGCGAAACCCGUUAUCCUCAAAUACCAGUUCAAGGUAGUCACCAAGUCGGCCCAACCGUGGAGGGAAGCAACAAAGUCAGCCUUGGCCGUCUUGGAGGCAACCCUUCCGCACAUUCGCGUACUGGACUUGCCCCGAACCACGGUCCAGACAAUCUGGCAGAUCGUCGCAUCUCUCAGCAAUGGCAUCAUAAGCGCGGAUUGCAAUGCCGCGCCUAUCGGGGUAAACAUCAUGGACGAUCAAGACUACGAUGUUACUUCUUUCCGCAAGCUGCGACAACUGAUCAUUCCAUCGCUCGGGGCUGAAGUGAUUCCUGAAAAAACAAGAAAGGCUUACGCCGAGGGUCUUUUCCGCACAUCUGUCAUCCACGCUCCGGUUCCGGCCGAGGCGUCAAUCAUAUAUGGAGGCGAUGGCGGUGAUGUGGUGGGACUCGGCGCGCUCUACAAACCGAGGCAUGGCCGAACCAUUGACCCGCCGGCUACACAGCGGAGCCUUAUGAGUGAGCUGUGUCUUGAUGAGCUAUUUUCUCUCGUUGAGAUACACGAUGAAGCGACAUCUGCUCCGGCCAUCUUGGUCCAGCCACCGACGCCGCGAGUGAAGCGACACGAGAUGACACUUCCGUCUGGGGAGAAUGGUGAGGGCGCCAGCGGAGAGGAGGAUGCUACGCACGAGCUGCAUGUCCGUCUUGCCCGCACGGCUGCCCCUUACUUGAUUCUGCGGUGUGCACUCUCGCUCCGAGCGUACGUGGCUGACCAGCCCCUGAGAGGGCGCAUGCCCCAGCCACUGUCGCAGCGCAAGGAAGUGACGCGCAUCCUGAGAUGCCUGGUAGAGUUGCGCUCGGAGCCGGAUGCGAUCCCCGACACGCCCAACGUAGACAGCGAGACGCGGAAACAUCUUUUGCGCCUAUAUCCCCUCCUUAUCAGUGGUGUCCAGGUGGCGGGGCGGUCGGGGGACGAGAAAGUGCUGGGACUCAUUAGAGAGGCGCUGGAUGUUGUUGGUGGGGAGCUAGGCGUCUAGAUUCCAUCCGAGUUAAACUGGUGCACGAGGUAGAUCGAAAAGGCAUACAAUUUUGGCGACUGUUUUAAUAUCUUGUUUUUGCCAUGUUGGCGCAUAUCGUUUAGGCAAUACACGCACGGAUGACGGCGUGGAGAGGAAGCUGUAGGGCUCAAAUAAAUACAUUGUGGAGUGGUUCAACGACCCCCGUCGCUGA